AAUGAGCGGUAACACCGAAAGAAUAUAUGUUUGUCUUGCGGUAUAAUAAGUUUAAUAUGUUUAUUUAUGUUUAAAUGAAAUACAAACGGAUCAAACGGUCAUUUCGGACACAUCUUAAGGUCUUAAAGUACAUAUUCAUAUAAGUAAUUUAAAGAAUCUAUAUUAGAGAGAAAAGAAGUUUAGAAAUAGUAAGACACCUGAAUUUCACCUGUAUUUACCUAUAGGAAGGAAUAUGGAGCGAACCUUGGGAUUUUUUAUCCUGUUUUUAGUAUCUGUUUCAUAUGCAGAUAAUUUAUGUUGUUCUUACCCCUGUCAAAAUGGAGGAGUUUGUCUUACAAAAGGAUUCAAAGAUUAUGAAUGUGACUGUACAAGCACAGACUUCUAUGGAAGAAAUUGUGAAACUCCAACUUUCUCAAAAAGAAUUAAGUUAUGGUUGAAGCCUUCACCGCUAACAUUACAUAACCUUAUGAUAGGGAAUAAUUGGUUGUGGAACAUGGUCAAUAAUAUACCUUUCCUGAGAGGCUUUAUUAUGAAGAAAGUUUAUACCAUGAGAUCUGACAUGAUUGACAGUCCCCCCACCUAUGAAAAUGAACAUCCAUACAUCACCCUUGAUGCCAAUUACAAUGUUUCCUUUUACACAAGAACCUUGCCACCUGUCCCUGUGGAGUGCCCGACCCCCAUGGGUGUGGCAGGAAAGAAAGUACUUCCAGAUGUUGAUGUUCUAGUCAAUAAAUUAUUCAUACGAGAGAAAUUCAAGCCAGAACCAAUAGGAACUAGUGCUUUGUUUAGCUUCUUUGCUCAACAUUUUACACAUCAGUUUUUUAAAACGGACAUCAAGCGUGGACCACAGUACCAGUGGGGAGGUCAUGGGGUUGAUAUGACACAUGUAUAUGGAAAAAACAAGCAUGAUGAAAAUCUACUUAGAUCUUUUAAAGAUGGCAAAUUAAAAGCUCAAACUGUAAAUGGUGAAGAAUGGCCACCAUUAAGCAAAGAUGCCCAGGUAGAAAUGCAGUACAUUAUGCCCGUAUCAGAGGAUAGCAAGUAUGCCCUUGGUCACUCAUUUUUUGGAAACCUCCCUGGACUAUUUAUGUAUGCCUCCAUUUGGAUGAGGGAACAUAAUCGUGUUUGUGAUGUUAUGAAAAAGGAACAUCCAGAAUGGGAUGAUGAAAGACUCUAUCAAACAGGAAAAUUAAUAUUAUUAGGGGAGACAAUCAAGAUUGUGAUUGAAGAUUAUGUACAGCAUUUGAGUAACUACAACUUUAAACUUCUGUUUGAUCCUUCAUUGUUAUUUGGUGAACCAUUUCAGUACCAGAACCGUAUCGCUUUGGAAUUUAAUCACUUAUAUCAUUGGCAUCCAUUAAUGCCUGAUGAUUUUACUAUUGGAGGAGUAAAUUAUACUAUGAAGGAUUUUUUGGUGAAUCCAAAGCUUGUUAUAAAACAUGGAAUGGCCACUUUUGUAGAUUCGUUAUCAAAACAGAAUGCUGGGGCAUUCACAGUCAGGAAUCAUGGGAAAUACACAGUUAAUGUUGUGAAGGAAUUAAUCAAACAUGGCCGUACAUUACGUCUGCAGCCAUUAAAUAAUUAUAGAAAACGUUUUAAUUUAAAACCUUUUAAAUCAUUUGAAGAAUUAACAGGUAAUAAAUGGUUAGCAAAAGAAUUAGAAAACUUUUAUGGAGAUAUCGAGGCUGUAGAGUUUUAUGUUGGUUUAAUAACUGAAAAACGCCGUCCAAAAGCUGUGUUUGGUGAAGCAAUAGUUGAAAUGGGUGGACCAUAUUCAGUUAAGGGACUAAUGGCUAACCCCAUCUGUAGUCCUAAAUAUUGGAAACCUUCCACUUUUGGAGGGAGUGUAGGAUUUGAAAUAGUUAAUACAGCAACUAUAGAGAAACUUUUUUGUCAAAAUAUAAAAGAAGACUGUCCUGUGGUAUCAUUUAAAGUUCCUGGUUUUGUAGAGGAACCAGAAAAACCAGAGGACCAACACAGAGAAUUAUAAUGCUCAAUUCUUUGUUAAUUUAUAAUUGUUUCGACUGGAAGUAGAUGAAUGAGUUAAUGUGUUUUGUUUUGAGA